AUGGAGGCAGGCAGCGGGGCUGCCGCAGCAGUGGGGAGUGCAGCACUUGGACUGCUGGGAGCCACUGCUACGUCCAGUCAUGACAUUUUAGACAGGGCCCUGAGGUCUGGCCGCCACUUGGACGACGACGAUUUUGUGCCGGAGCUGGCUCACAUUCAUCCCCGAGACCGUCCUGACUGGGAAGAGACAAUCAGUGCCAUGGCGCGGAGUGCAGAGAUUCCCGAGCUCCGUGCCGAGCCCCUCAUGCGAUCAUGCAGCAGCAGCACGGCGAGCAUGAAGGUCAAAAAUGUCAAGAAGCUCAAUUUUACCAAGGGACACUUUCCCAAACUGGCAGAAUGUGCCCACUUCCACUAUGAAAAUGUGGACUUUGGCACGAUCCAGUUAUCCCUCGGGGAUGAACAGUGUGAAGUGACCCGCAACGGCUACGAAUCCAAAGAGUUGGUCUACCUUGUUCAUAUUUACUGCCAAGGUCGGAGCUGGAUUGUGAAGCGCAGCUAUGAGGAUUUCAGAGUCCUGGACAAACACUUGCAUCUGUGCAUCUACGAUCGCCGCUUCUCCCAACUUCCAGAGUUACCCCGUCUGGACAGUCUGACAGACCAGCCAGAAUCAGUUUCCCAGAUGUUGUUGGCUUACCUCUCCCGGCUCUCGGCCAUUGCCGACAACAAAAUCAACUGUGGGCCAGCGCUCACAUGGAUGGAGGUUGACAAUAAAGGAAACCAUCUAUUGGUCCAUGAAGAGUCGUCUAUCAACGUCCCAGCUAUAGCUGCUGCUCAUGUCAUCAAACGAUACAUCGCUCAGGCCUCUGAUGAGUUGUCUUUUGAGGUGGGCGACAUUGUGUCAGUGAUUGACAUGCCUCCUAAGGAAGACACCACAUGGUGGAGGGGCAAACAUGGAUUUCAGGUUGGCUUCUUUCCCAGCGAGUGUGUGGAGCUCAUAAAUGACAAAGUGCCACAAUCCAUGACCAACUCUGUGCCAAAACCAGCCAACCCCUGCUCUGGCCUGCAGCCUGCUUCUUGGAGUCUCUUCCCCCCGUACUUGGAGAUGGAGAGUGUUACACAGGGCAGUACAUGGGUGGCCGACCCGCUAAACCACUACAGCAUAAGUUCAGUGUCUAAGAAGCACGGAAAGCUGAUCACCUUCCUGCGCUCCUUCAUGAAGUCCAGACCCACCAAGCAGAAGCUGAAGCAGAGGGGCAUCCUGAGGGAGCGGGUGUUCGGCUGCGACCUCGGCGAGCACCUACUCAACUCAGGACACGAUGUUCCUCAAGUUCUCAAGAGCUGCACAGAGUUCAUUGAGAAACAUGGAGUGGUGGAUGGAAUGUACCGGCUCUCUGGAAUUGCUUCAAAUAUCCAGAAAUUGCGACACGAGUUUGACUCUGAACAGAUCCCCGACUUGACCAAAGACUUAUAUAUCCAGGACAUCCACUGCGUGGGUUCGCUGUGUAAGCUGUACUUCAGAGAGUUACCCAACCCCCUCCUCACCUACCAGCUGUACGAGAAAUUCUCUGAAGCUGUAUCAGCAGCAACUGAUGAGGAACGGCUAAUCAAGAUCCAUGAUGUCAUCCAGCAGCUUCCUCCACCGCAUUACAGAACCCUGGAGUUCUUGAUGAGACACCUUUCUCAACUGGCGACAUUCAGUUAUAUCACUAACAUGCAUAGCAAAAACUUGGCCAUUGUCUGGGCUCCAAAUCUUCUCAGGUCUAAACAAAUCGAAUCGGCCUGCUUCAGUGGCACCGCUGCUUUCAUGGAGGUCAGAAUACAGUCAGUGGUGGUUGAGUUCAUUCUUAACCAUGUGGAUGUUCUCUUCAGCCCCAAACUAAGCUCACUAAUACGAGAAGGGGCAGGACAUAAUUCGCUAUCACGCCCAAAGUCACUGCUUGUCUCUUCACCUUCCACUAAACUUCUGAGCCUUGAGGAGGCACAGGCCCGGACUCAAGCCCAGAUCAACUCCCCUGUUACAGAAGACAGCAAGUAUAUAGAGGUGGGCGAAGGUCCUGCCGCCCUGCAAGGAAAGUUCCAUACAGUCAUUGAGUUCCCAACCGAAAGGAAGAGGCCACCAAUUAAAACUAAAAAGUCACCGGUAGGGAGCUGGCGUUCCUUCUUCAACCUGGGCAAAUCAUCCUCAAUGACAAAGCGGAAGUUGCAUCGCAAUCCCAGUGAGCCUAAUGAGCUGAAGGCCAUGGCACUUGCAGGAGGAAGAGGUGAUACAGCCACUUUAAGAUCAGCAAAAAGUGAAGAAUCUUUGAGUUCCUUACACAAUGUUGAAGGGGAAUCCAAGGUGUAUCGUCCCAGGCGGCCGCGCUCCAGCAGUGAUGCCCUGUCGGCCUCCUUUAAUGGUGAGCUGCUGGACAGCCGGCAGCACUGCAACUCUUACGACAACCUGGAUGGAACAGAGGACAGUGACGGGGACGACGGGCCCAUCUGUGUGCCUGCCCUCAUCUCACCUCCACGCUCUGCUGGAGAGGACGUGGACCUCAGCCCUCCAGACAUCGGCAUGGCCUCCCUGGACUUUGACCCCAUGUCUUUCCAGUGCAGCAUGCCCGACACGUCCGGCACCUUCCCUUUAGAGGAGUCCCUUGUGGGGGCAGAGGCCUCCACACUGAAGAGGAGCAAAACUAACGUCGCUGAAGUGCUUUCUGCCUCCUUUCUGGAUAAUAUGAGCACUCCUGUUGUUGACGUCAGACCCAUUGCUGGAGAAAAACGUGAAAAUAAGAAGAUGACCAUCUCUUAUUCAUACAUGGACAAACCAACACAAGCGGUGUCACCAAUCAAAAGUGGAAAGAGUACAAGUGUGACAGGCUUAGCCACAGCUGACAUUUUCUCUGCUCCUGCACCUAAUAAAAGUGCAUCUGGACAUUGUGCCUCUUCACAGCCAUUACCCCCUCCAUCAUUGCCCAAAGACUCCUCUGUGAUGAUGGGCAGUGUGCUGCUAAGGCCAGCGGAGGCUUCGCUCACUGAAGCUUUCCAAAUGGAGCUGCAGUCCAAGCUCGCAGCCAUUGACAGUGAAGACAAGGGAGAUUUGAAGGGAGACAAUAAAGGGGUUGUAUCGUCUGACUCUUCAAGGGAGAUUCUCCAUCCUUCCCACUGCACUGCAGAUCCUGCUCCAGCCCCACUUCUUUCCCACAUGACCUUGGCUCUAUCUGAAUCUUUCCAACCAGUGUCAGUACAGUCGCCCUCAGAGCUCCUCACUCCAAUAACACCAAUGACACCUUCGCCACAGGAUUGUCCUGCUCUGAUUCAGCCAUUACAACCUGCUUCGGAGAUAGAACUUGAACAAAACGGCUCUCCACUGGCUAGCAACGCUGCUUUAACAUUAACCUCAGUCCCAUCAUUUGAGCCCUGUACAUCCACUCCUGUCAGAGAUGUGUCAGGGGCGAGAAGCAAUGUAACCGAGGCAUUUGGUAGAGCUGCAUCCUCCACCACACCACCCCAAAUGGACACCAGUCCCCCAGACACGCCUGUGUACAAGUGUGCGCCUCUGGUUCCUGACAUCUCCCCUCACAACAAAAGUCCAGAAAGGCUGCAGGCUUCUCAAGUUACCACAGCAUCCAGCACCACUCCAACGACGACACCCACUGGCAGCUUUACAGCAGUGCAACAGCCAACUGCUGACAUCAUGAAGAGUAACCCAGAACCUGUUCCACCACCAACACUUCCAAAGCCAGUAGAAGCUAGUGCCCGUGUGGUCCCCACAGCAGCAGAGCCUGUAGAGAAGCCCUGGGAGGCCAUUAAACCAGUUCAGCCUAGCACAGAGUCCCAUGCACCGAAACCUCCAGCUCCUCCAGUCCGCACCAUGGAGAGCAAACUAGCAACAGCUGCACUUAGCCAAAGCGAAGCUCCGUUUCAUGUUCCUGGUGAGGGCCAUCCAGAUGAGCUGGUGCCACGUCCUCCUCUUUCUCCACGUAAACCUUCCACUCACCAACCUCCCUACAUGUAUCGCACUAAAGCGGAACCACUACUAAUCGAGCUGCCUGGCUCUGCCUACUACCAGCAGAGGCCUGCUCCUAUUGGCCCUCAGUCCAUACCUCACCACUACCGAGCAGACAACAUGACACCUCACCCCUCCCAUGUGUCCAAGUCUGAGCCUCAGAUACCAUACAGUGCCCGACUGGACAAUAGAUACAGCACUUUAGGCCCCCGGUCCUACCACCACUCCAUAAAGUCCAGAGGAAACCCCAGAGGUGUGGCCCCAGGCCAUCAGGUUUACACCCAUGACCGCACCCAUGGAUAUGCCACCAUCCGCAGAGUUCACUCAAUGCACGUUCCAUCCACAAUCCGCUCUGUGCCCAUUCAGAGAACAGAGGUCCCUCCAGACGAUGAACUGUUCUUCUGUCAGCGCCCUGUGUACCCUUGUAAAGCCUAUCAUCCGCAACAGCAGCAGCCGCAGCAGCAGCAGUCGUCCUCGUCCCAAGCAGACUAUCAUGUCACACAGCUGCAGCCAUACUUUGAGAAUGGCCGUGUGCAGUACCGCUACAGUCCAUACUCCGGCUCAGGCCCUGUUGAUGCUCCCUUUUAUGAUAUCGACCCUUAUGGCACUAUUCGUGUGCGGCACUUCCACUCCCACAGAGAGCCAGGGCCAGGAUCAGGACGCCCAAGAGCAAAGACUACUGGUUACCACUACCUCUCCAAUCACAUUGGCCCACCUGCCAAAGAACACAGCUUUGUUAGCAGGGACAUUCCGCCAAGUCAUGGAGCAAAGGAGUCUGCCUAUCACACAUGGGACGCAGAGGAAUGUGAGCGCUACCGCAUACACUCCAUACGUCGAGAGAGCAGGGCGCGGCAGAAAAUCAAAGGCCCUGUACUGUCGCAGUACGACAACGUAGGCCUUGUCACCCCAUCGGACAUAUCGGGUUAUGAGACCCUUCACCUGCGCAGCAAGUCCGACCCAGGGAAGGCUGUGCUGGUUACAGCUGAGAGCAAAGAUGGACGCUAUGUUUCAAGACACGUCAUGUCAGAUCCUGAAGCACUCAUGUAUUUGGAGACUGAGAAACAAUUCCAUGGAAGCCAUGUAGGAGAAAGGUCUGAAGGGAUUGCCAAGCCAAGUGGUACCAAAAAAGUCCAAUCAUCUCAUUCGCUGUCUGCUGCUCUGAGCCACAGUGUUUCACAUCAACAGGAGAUCUCUCGUCACACAGACGACAAGCUGCAAGCAGAGAGGUCCAAAUACUGGCAGCAGGAGCAUUCCAACAAGAGGAGCCUACAGCCUCGCUACGACUGUCCUGAUCCAGACCACCUCCAGAACACAGGGAAAACUGUGAGCGGCUAUCACAGUUCAGAAGACCAGCCGCGAGAACAAGUGCCCCGCAAACCUGAGCGCUCACAUAGUGUUCGAGAACAGAACAGCCAGGGCAAGCCCGACCUGGACCGGGAGUAUGUAUAUCAGAAACUCGGGAUGAAGACUGCGCAAUCCCAUUAUGAUAACCUGGACGAUUAUCACCCAGCACCUCAGGUCCCUGCUCCAAAACGUGGGGCCCCCGGCUCCUACCCUCCUCCAGGCUUUACAGUGAACCUUAACAGAGCCUACUCCACAGCACUGGUAAAUAUCCAACACUGCCAUUCACUACACACUGCUAACGCUGCGGAAAAACAGCCAAAAAAACCCACGUGCUCCACUGUCGACAUGGCUCGUACCAAACAGACUGCCCGAAAGUCCACGGGAGGAAAGGCUCCUCGCAAACAGCUGGCCACGAAGGCGGCCAGGAAGAGCGCCCCCUCAACUGGUGGUGUGAAGAAGCCUCAUCGUUACAGGCCUGGUACUGUUGCUCUGAGAGAAAUCCGUCGGUACCAGAAGUCCACUGAGUUGCUGAUUCGUAAGCUGCCCUUCCAGCGUCUGGUCAGGGAGAUCGCUCAGGACUUCAAGACUGACCUGCGUUUCCAGAGCGCUGCCAUUGGCGCUUUGCAGGAGGCUAGUGAGGCAUACCUGGUGGGUCUCUUUGAGGACACCAACUUGUGUGCCAUCCACGCCAAGCGGGUCACCAUCAUGCCCAAAGACAUCCAGCUGGCUCGCCGUAUCCGUGGAGAGCGUGCCUAG